UGUAGGAGAUGCCUCGGGAUUUGUCACGGUCGAGAUCACCUUCGCAUAGGCGAAGGUAUUCACCAUCUCCCGUGGGACAUAGGUAUAGCAGGAGAAGUCGAAGAGAGAGAAGUCGGUCUCCUUAUUCAUCCUAUUCAUAUAGCAGGUGAUCCUGUUUAUUGUACCUGUUUCUCGUACUACUUUUUGAUAGAUUGCAAGCAUUUUAAGAAAAAUUGAGGACCAUUAUUUUUCGUGUGCUCUGGGUUACAAAUGCAUUCAAACUGAUCUGUAUGGAUCUUUUACAUCCCUGUGGAUUUUUAGUGCUUCUUUAUCUUUCUAAUGUGAAGUCUAUUUCGUUUAGGUUAAAUUUUACUUGAUCUUUGAAAAUUCUUAGUGUAAGAUUUUCUUUUUUGAUAAGAGAUAAAUGUUAUUGAUCUGAAUGAAAUAGGCAAUUCUUAGUGUAAGAUUUAAAAAAAAAAUUUGGAAAUGGUGGUUCAAUUUGUGCAUGCCAGAUUUGAAUUACUUUUACAAAUAGAAAGAGGAGUUGAAAAAAGGUAUGGGCUUCUAAAAAUAUAAAAAGAAAGAGAAAAAGAAGAGUUGAAGUACAGGCUAUAAUACUUUAUAUAGGAAAUAUGUCAUAUUAUAAUUGUGAAUGCAAUGAAUUUGUGUUUUGGUAAUACCCUGUGAGAGAAACCGAUCAAAAAGAGGUGAUACCCUGUGAGAGAAGCAUGGAUAAUAGAAAUUAAUAGAAUUUUGGAAUUUCUUAUUUGUUUUUGUUAGAUGAUGUGGAAAGCUAUCAAAAUUAAUGAGAAAAUGAUAUGUUUUUCCAUGAUAUGAAGGUUCACAACUUUAUGUGGGCUGUUGAUGGAACAUGAUUCUUUUCUCGUUUUGCACAGCUAGAUGCAUCUCGUAUUCAAAGUAAAUUUUUCCAUUGCAAUUUCUCAUUCUGGCUUCUUUGUUUUACAUGUGGUAGUGGAAGCAGAUGGAUAGUUACAUUGUCUAUCUUGGUAUUUGUAUAACUUGUUGCUGUUUGGAGAGUCUUCUGUUUUCAUGAGCUUCAUGAGCACCUUAAAGAUCUGUACACGUAUGAUUGAUGGUAGUCAUGCCAAUUUUGAAGCAUGUUGCUCGAUCAUGCCAUAAAGUUUGUUGAUUAGAGAUGUCGCUCAGUUUGUAAGCAAUUGUCAGUGGGCAUAUCUGACCUUCGUGGAAUUUGCCUUGUGUAUAUAAAUUCAACAAAAAAAAAGAGUAAUAAAAUUAUUGGAGCAAAAGAUUAAGAGUGGUGUGAGGGUGGGACAAUUUGAGAAAACGAAGGGUGAUCAUUUUAGAUUGGUAUAGUAUGUGCAGAAAGGGGGGAGAAUCUGUGGAUCAUCUUCUACUACAUUGUGAGGUAGCUUGAGGGUUAUGGAACGAGGUUUUUAGUAGAUUAGACUUGGGUUGGGUUAUGCCGGAGACAGUAGUGGGGGCACUAGCUAGCUGGACUGUUCUAAGAGGCAACAACCAGAUUAAGGCCUUAUGGAAGAUGAUUCCAAUUUGCAUUAUGUGGUGUGUGUGGCAGGAGCGCAAUGAACGGAUGUCUGAGGACAAAGAGAGAUCGAUGGAGGAGCUGAAAGCUUUCUUUUUUAGAACUCUUUGUGCUUGGGCCAUUGCCGUAAAUUUUAAUGGCCAAGAUUUACAUGAUUCCUUAUUUCUAUUGCUCCUACGUAGUUAGGACAUUCUUUGUACUGAACGUGACUUUUGCCUAUUCUUUUAUCAAUAUACUUCUUUUCUCAAAAAAAAAAAAAAGAAAAAAGAAAAAAAAAGAAAGAAUGCAUGCUCUUCAUGAGAGAAAUGGAAAAACUCUUUCUUCCCAUUGUACGGGAAGUGAGCAGGUGAUGGGUGCCAUUGGUUGUCCUUUUGUUGCUCGAUUGUGACAUUUUCUUCAUGUGAUAAAAGGUGGAGCUCAGAAAGCUUAUUCUUAACAAUGUAUGAGACGGAAAAGUCGUUCUAUUUCCCCAAGACGACGCAGAAGUCGUUCACCUUCUAGACGUCAUAAAAGUCGUUCUUCAACCCCAAGACAUUAUAAGAGGCAUAGGAGUAGAAGUUCCUCUUCAUCUCCUGUUCGAAAAUCUUCAAGUUCAAGUCUUGGGUCCAUAGAGCAGAAAAAUGCGAGUGAAAAAUUGAGAUUAGAAGAAGAUGAGAAGAAAAGGCGACAACAGGAAGCAGAAUUGAAAUUGAUAGAAGAAGAGACUAUGAAUAGAGUUGAAGAAUCAAUCCGUAGGAAAGUUGAAGAGUGCAUCAACUCCAAGGAGAUUAAGCUGGAAAUACAGAGGCUGUUGGAGGAGGGGCGGAAGAGACUUUAUGAUGAAGUUGCAGCUCAGCUUGAGAAAGAAAAGGAAGCUGCCAUUAUUGAGGCUAGGCAAAAGGAGGAGAAGGCUCGAAGGGAGAAAGAAGAGCUGGAAAGGAUGCUGGAGGAGAACCAGAGGAGAAUAGAAGAAGCUCAGAGAAGGGAAGCUCUAGAGCAGCAGUGGCGAGAGGAACAACGGUACCGGGAGCUAGAAGAGAUACAAAGACAGAAAGAAGAGGCAAUGUGGAGAAAGAAACAGCAAGAAGAGGAAGAACGGUCAAACCAGAUGAAAUUGUUGGGCAAGAACAAAUCCCGUCCAAAAUUGUCGUUUGCACUGGGCUCGAAGUGAACGUUGGUGGAAAUUUGGUUUUAUUUUCUCCCUUUUUAAUCAAUAUAUAUAUGCUGGACUUAAUUUCGUGUUCCCAUUGGUAAUUUGUAAAAAAUCCUUAAUGAGGUCUUUGGUGUGAUUAAUGCGAUUUUCCCUCGCGAUUUCCAAA